AUUUCAAUCUCUCUGUUCAGGAAUGUAUCCUCCAAACCCUAAAUCUCUAGACCAUUAUUCAGCUUUCGUUCUUCGGAUUUCGCGUCAAUUUUUUGUUUGCCUUUUUUAUGGUGUUCAUUUGUGUGUACAUGUUAAUGCGAGAUGUAACUGAGUGUUUUUUGAAAAUAAGAAUUUAAGGUUGGAGCUUGAUAGUGGGGUUUUCUAUGGUAAUGGAGAAGAAGCAGGUGAAGCUAAGUAGGGCGACCAGUGAUGCUGUGGCCGGUGCUGUUGCCGGCGGUAUUUCCCGGACUGUGACAUCUCCUCUUGAUGUUAUAAAGAUCAGAUUCCAGGUUCAGCUGGAGCCUACGACUUCAUGGGCUUCUCUUCGUGGAAAUACAUCUGGAGCCUCAAAAUAUACUGGAAUGUUACAAGCAACCAAGGAUAUAUUCAGAGAAGAAGGUAUACUGGGUUUUUGGCGUGGCAAUGUACCAGGAUUACUCAUGGUUAUGCCAUAUACUGCCAUACAGUUUUUAGUCUUACAAAAAUUGAAAACAUUUGCUGCUGGAUCUUCCAGAACAGAGGAUCACAGUAGAUUGAGUCCAUAUCUAUCUUUUAUCAGUGGUGGGUUAGCAGGGUUUGCAGCUCAAAUUGGGUCUUAUCCAUUUGAUCUUCUAAGGACCAUAUUAGCUUCACAAGGCGAACCAAAGGUCUAUCCAAACAUGAGAGCUGGAUUCAUUGAUAUAAUCAGAACUCGUGGCAUCAGAGGAUUGUAUGCUGGGUUGUCUCCUACGUUGGUUGAGAUUGUUCCUUAUGCUGGUCUGCAGUUUGGAACCUAUGAUACAUUUAAGUGCUGGACUAUGGCCUGGAAACGAUUGAGACAUUCAAAAACAAACUCAAGUAGUGCAGAUGCUUAUCUUUCAAGCUCUCAACUUUUCCUUUGUGGGUUUGCUUCUUCAACAUUGGCCAAACUUGUAUGUCAUCCACUUGAUGUAGUCAAGAAAAGGUUCCAGAUUGCAGGAUUGGCAAGAGACCCCAAAUAUGGUGCUCGGGUUGAACACCGUGCUUACAACAACCUGUUUGAUGCCUCUAAGCAAAUCUUGCAGUCAGAGGGUUGGGCUGGACUUUAUAAGGGCAUUGUCCCAUCAACUGUCAAGGCUGCACCUGCAGGGGCUGUGACAUUUGUGGCUUAUGAAGUGAUUUUAAAUUGGAGGUGGGAACAAUGCACCAAUGUCAUAGAAUGAACAACUCCGACUUGAAGUUAUAAACUGGUGAGCAACUUCCAUCUUCCAACCACCCAAACAGUAGUUGCCACGGCAAAUCUGCUAGAUAUAUCGAAUCCCCCAUGCGCACAAGAUAGUUUGUGCAAUCUUCUGUGAAGUAAUCGAAUUCCCUUUGCAACUCACGAGAUUCUUUGUGGGCAUGGAGAUGUAGUACUACAUAAAGUUUGUUUUCGUGACAGAUAACGUCUAGAUCAGCAAAAAACAAGCCUGUAGAUGCCAACAGUUUCCGCACUCAAAAUAGCUUUUUGAAGAUAACAUAACGGGAGCGUGCCCAGGGAGGAAAGUUAAAGGGUUUAAUAGGAAGAAAGCUAGUGAUGAUCCAAUUAAUGCAUGGGAAACUCAUCAAGAAACAUACUCGAUUGUUGAAAGUUGAAACACAACUACUUGUCCUCUAAUGUAAGAUUUUAAUUUAUUGAUGGGUAUAAUACAAUAUGUACAAUAUA